UAUUUCUUCUUUGAAUGAGAAAUGUGACCAAUAAUUAAUUUGACACAUCACAGUACACAACUUAGCUGAUGAUUCUUUAACUAAAUCAGCCUGUUUUAACCUGAGAUAUAUUGCAGAGAGUUCUUUUGAUUUAGUAUUUUAAUUGGAAAAAUUGAAAUUAAGUGGAAAUAGAGAAAUAGCAAGUCAGAAAGUUGGAACUAAGCUAUUGUGGGUUUGGCUUGGUAGCAGAAGUUAGGCCAGCUUGAAGAAUAAUCAAGAAAGUUGGGAGGAUUUCCACAAUGUCGAAAUUAGUGAAUAAAAGGCGCCUUUAAUGCCUUAGGUUAAAGCUUACUAGCUCUGAUAUGAAUCCAAAGGGGGAUAGGGAAUCAGUGGACCUUGAAGGAAAAAAAUUUGACUUCAUGUCUUUGAUGAUGUUGGUUUUGUUAUAGUAAACUCAUUUAGCCAAUCACAGAAUGGUUUAUGUUUUUCUCAAUGCAGAGGGGAAGGAGAAAGUAAAGCAAAGAUACGAAUUUAAGAAGGAUUUUGGGAUUUUCUAAAUCCCACAUGAUGACUACUCACCAACUAUCAAUGAUCACAUUUGAACUAUAAAACUGAAAUUCUGGCAUGGCUUUCCCCUCAAGAAACCAUGGGGAAGUCCUCUGUUUGCUGAUCCUAUAGCUCAUAUUCUUGGAAAGAACAUAAAUCUAGACAGCAAUGGCCUUCACCAGUUGUUUCUUAUUGGCUUUCUCUAUUGUUGUCAUGCUUUCAGGCAUUGAUACAAACUUGGCAGCUCGCUAUCUGCUUGACAAGACACGGUCUCCAGCUCCAUCUGUGCUGUCCGUGUCUGCUCCACAAUCAUCACUGCCUCCGCACAGUUCAAAAUCAAGUUUCACAGCACCUGCAGAGCCUCCUUUGGCCGGCUCUCAACCAUCCGUUUCUAGUUCCAUGCCCAGUUCAUCAGAAUCAACGACACCAUCCUCAGCUUCAGAUAAACCAUCUCUGCCUAAUUCUACGCCAAGCUUGACACAGCCCGCAGCAGCGCCUAAAGCUUCUACUCAGCCAUCUUUAUCUAAAACAAUCCCAAGCUCAACACAGCCCACACCCUCUCAGCAAGCUUCCCGUAAUUCAAUCCCUGGCUCGAGAGAACCAACAAUGGCUCCAAUGGGUUCCUCUCAUCCGUCCUUGUCUAAUACAGAGCCAAGCUUGACACAACCCGCAAUGUCACCUUUAGCUAAUGCCCCACCAUCUUCGUCUACUAAUAAUCCAUCUCUGUCCAAUUCAACAAACAACUUGGCACAGCCUGCUGUGGCACCUAUGGCUUCUACUCAUCCGUCUUCUCCAGAUAAAGUACCAAGUUUGGCAGUGCCUGCUACCUCGCCUUCAGCUACUACCCAACCAUCGUUGCCUACUAAUAAUUCACCUUCGUCCAAUUCAAUGCCAGGCUUGGCACAGCCUGCUAUGGCACCUAUGGAUUCUACUCAUCCAUCUGCACCAGGUAAAGUGCCAAGCUUGGCACUGCCUGCAACGUCUCCUUCAGAAACUACCCAACCAUCGUUGCCUAAUCCAUCUUCGUCCAACUCAACAUCAGGCUUGACACAACAUGGAAUGGCACCUAUGGCUUCCUCUCUGCCAUCUUCACCAGAUAAGAUGCCAAGCUUGACACUGCCUGCAACAUCACCUUCUGCUACCAGCCAACCAUCUUUGCCUACUAAUAGUCCAUCAUUCUCCAAUUCAACGCCAAGCUUGGCACAACCUGGAAUGGCACCUAUGGCUUCCUCUCAACCAUCAUUGUCAAACUCAACGCCGAGCUUGGGACUGCCUUCAAUGUCGCCUUCUGCUACCAGCCAACCAUCUUUACCUGCAAAUAUUCCAUCGUUCUCCAACUCAACACCAAGCUUGGCACAACCUGGAAUGGCACCUAUGGCUUCCUCUCAACCAUCAUUGUCAAACUCAACGCCAAGCUUGGGACUGCCUUCGAUGUCGCCUUCUGCUACCAGCCAACCAUCUUUGCCCACAAAUAUUCCAUCGUUCUCCAACUCAACACCAAGCUUGGCACAACCUGGAAUGCCACCUAUGUCUUCCUCGCAACCAUCAUUACCAAACUCAACGCCGAGCUUGACACAACCUGGUAUGGCACCAAUGGCUUCGUCUCAACCAUCAUUGUCAAAUUCAACUCCAAGCUUGGGACUGCCUUCAAUGUCGCCUUCUGCUACCAGCCAACCAUCUUUGCCUACAAAUAGCCCAUCGUUCUCCAACUCAACGUCAAGCUUGACACAACCUGGAAUGGCACCUAUAGCUUCCUCUCAACCAUCUUCGCCUGAUAAAAUCCCAAGCUUGGCAUUGCCUUCAAAUUCACCUUCUAAUACCACCCAACCGUCGUUGCCUAACAAUAUUAAUCCAUCAUUAUCCAACUCAACCCCAAGCUUGACACAACCUGCAAUAUCACCUUCAGCUCAUCAAGCUUCGCCCCAAUCCUCAAUGACACCUACGGCUUCACCAAAUCAUACAUCUCCGUCUAAUAUUGCACCGAAGGCUUCCUCGCAACCAUCUUUACCAAACACGACUCCAAGCUCGACACAAUCAGCAGUUGCGCCUUCUCCUACUGCUCAUCCAUCUUCGUCUAAUACAACGUCAGGGUUAAAACAACCCGCGAUGGCGCCGCCAAGGACAUCUGAGACACCUUUGCGUGGAGCUUCCUUGCCUCCACUUUCUGGCAUGAACCCCACUACGCCAACAAAUGCAAGCACAACGCUACCGUCAAUCCCAACGAAAAUCUCUUUCCCAUUCCUUCCGCCACCAUCUACCAAAACUAGGCCUUGAAAUAACUUAUAUUCUCAAUUGCCUAGUAUGCAAGAUAAGUAUUUUAAUUAAUGUUAAGAAUAAAACGGUGGAUAUCCUCUCUCACCAGCCUAAUCAAAAUAUCAAAUGAUUCAAAUAAGCAAAAUGACUUGGAACAUACAUAUUUAGCUAUUUGUUUUUGGCUAAUUUCUCAGGAAAAAAAAAAAGUCAUGUAAAUACUUGUAAUCUUUUCUCCUGUAUUUUUUAGACAUUUGAGAAAAUUUAAGGAAGAGAAUAAAUUCAAU